UUAUAAACAGACCUAUAACAAACUCGAACACACGAAAUGUCAAGCACAAAAAUAAGAGCAAUCAACACCAACGUUAAAAUCUCAAAACACACUAUAGAAAUAACGCAGGAAGCAGUAAAAAAGGGACAUAUGACUUUAGCAGUCGGUCCACAUAUUUAGAGGUUUUUGUGUACACAAAUUCACGAAGUAGCGCAGGAGGGCCCAGGAAGCUGGACUUUUGUGCCGAAUCGUGAAACACCUCGACAGAAGAAGAAGAAGAGUUGAUUCUCUUCCAUAAAUGGUCAAAUAUAUUUAGCCAAAACCUUGUCCUCGUUACGUUGCGUUCGUAAAACUUAAGCGGCUUCGUUCUGCGUCGUUCCACAGUUCUGUUCCGUUGUGCGUGAUGUGCGAAUCGCUGGAAGAAAAAUUCGGUGCCUGGGAGCUGUUCGAAGAUAUAUGGCAAAAGGAACUGGCGGAUGAUGGGGUGAGCAUGACGGACAAGGUGGAUCUGUUUCUCAAAGACAGCCCCUUUCACGAUCGGCUGAAUUUGCGCGCCGACCGAAAGGAUAACGCCAAGGCACGUAGCUUACGUGCCAGGGGCAAUGAAAUGUUUCACCCGAAGGUGAAGCGCUAUAUCGAGGCGCUAAAAUGCUACAACGAAAGCAUUGCCUUCUCGCAAAAGGGAACAGAGGAUAGGGCGAUCGCGUAUGCGAACCGUUCGACGAUCUGUUACGAGCUGCACCGAUACGAGGAAUGUUUGGAAAACAUCCGUCUGGCUCGUGAAUCCAACUACCCCGAACGAUUGGCAAACAAGCUGGUAAAGCGGGAGGAAGAUGCCAAAAAAGCUUUAAUGGCAGCGAAAGCCCGGCCGUGUAAGGACGAUGCCAAACCGAACGUUGCUGCACCGCAACUAAGCUACCGAGCCCACGAGACGGCACCUCAGGUGGCCGAAUGUUUAGAGCUGUUUGAAAGUGAAAAGUUUGGCCGGUACGUGGUAACUAAUCGCAACUUGAACGCCGGAGAUGUGGUGAUCAUAGAGCAACCGUUUUGCUGUUUGCUUCGUGACGUGUACCGCUGCAUUCGGUGUGAUUUCUGCCUCAAGGAAAGCAUCUUUACGCUUAUACCGUGCGAAAGUUGCACCGUCGCAAUGUAUUGUUCGAACGAGUGCAUGACCAAAGCGUACCGGCAAUACCAUCGAUACGAGUGUCCGGUAAUACGCGACAUGUGGCGAAUCUUUACGAAGCUUCCCGUCCUAUCGCUGCGAGUCGUGACGACAGCGAUUGCCGCCUUUGACCACAAUCUGCAAGCGAUGGGCGAGCAUCUGCGUGCGCUGAACGAGAAGGAGAUAAAUGCAUUUACCAUGGAUUGGACGCAAGCAACGCCGCGCGACAUCUACGACACGGUGCAUGUGCUGGAAACCAACGCCAAUAUGCGCGGUCCGAAGGAUCGAAUGGCACGCGUAUUUUUCACCACCAUCAUUCACAAACUCUUGAUCGAGCGCACCGAGCUGGGCAAAGUUUGUGGACCCGAUUUUGAAAUGGCAGAACUGCUGGAUUAUCUGUUUCUGCGCCACCUGCAAACGUCCCCCGUAAAUAUGCACUCGCUGCAUUACAUGGAGUAUCAGCCGGCGCAGGAGCUGUACGAGUUGGAGAACCAUGCAUCGGCAUGCUUUCCGCUGUUGAGCAUGCUGAACCAUUCCUGUGCACCUAAUGUGACUCGCGUCACCUUACACGACGGACAGUGCGCCGUGGUAGUGAAUCGUCCCAUUCCUAAAGGUGGCCAACUGUACGAUAAUUAUGGCAUGCAUCACAGUCUGAUGCCUCGCAAGGAACGGCAGUACAGCCUGGAAAGUCAGUACAGAUUCCACUGUCGAUGUGAAGCAUGCGUUAACGAUUAUCCUCUGUAUCCCGAGCUUCCUAGCAUCGAUUGUAGUCGACACGGCAUGAUUGAUGCGCAAGCGAUACACGCGGAACUGGCGCUCCAUGACGCACAGAAGGCGGCGGAACUGUUGCCAAAGCUGCGACGUUACUUGAACGAUAUUGGGCAACAGUACCCCGGCAAGGAGAUAUGCUCCUGCCAGGAGCUGUUUCUGCGCAGCUUUCAAAUACUGCACAAACCCACGUCGGAAAGUGCACAGUACUGGAAGUAUUGUAACCCCUAGUCCCCCCAGCCCCUUAUUAUUAUUGCCGUUGCUGUAAGGAUGUACUUCUUAUUUCUAUUGCUCACGAUUAUUACUUUGAACAAUCUCAUUACAUAUCUUAAUGAAAACAUUUAAUGACGAAUCUCAGAAAGACUGUUAAAUGAAAUUUGUUGUACGGAAUUUAAGUUUUAAACAUCGUUACGCUUCCAUCGGUAGUACAACUGUUAAAUCUGCAGUUUGUAGCUCCUCUAGUGACAGAAGUCAUUUGUUGAAUUUGAAGAAUUGAUUUUUAUGAACUGAGAUAUUAUUAUAAAUAAAGAAUGUUUUAUGUGAAUUUAUAGCAC